AUGUUAGGUCCUGUCCACUCCCGUCAUCCCCCAGAGUCCUGUGGCUCUCAGCAGUACUCGUCAUCAGCGCCUCGGGACAGAGCAGCCACUGUGGAGUACAGUAGGAUGUCCCCUGAACAAGACCUACAGCACACAGGGAGCUGGGACAAGGCCUCAGGAGGGAGCUGGGACAAGGCCUCAGGAGGGAGCUGGGACAAGGCCUCAGGAGGAGGGAGCUGGGACAAGGUCUCAGGAGGGAGCUGGGACAAGGUCUCAGGAGGGAGCUGGGACAAGGUCUCAGGAGGGAGCUGGGACAAGGUCUCAGGAGGGAGCUGGGACAAGGCCUCAGGAGGGAGCUGGGACAAGGCCUCAGGAGGGAGCUGGGACAAGGCCUCAGGAGGAGGGAGCUGGGACAAGGCCUCAGGAGGAGGGAGCUGGGACAAGGCCUCAGGAGGAGGGAGCUGGGACAAGGCCUCAGGAGGAGGGAGCUGGGACAAGGCCUCAGGAGGAGGGAGCUGGGACAAGGCCUCAGGAGGAGGGAGCUGGGACAAGGCCUCAGGAGGAGGGAGCUGGGACAAGGCCUCAGGAGGAGGGAGCUGGGACAAGGCCUCAGGAGGGAGCUGGGACAAGGCCUCAGGAGGGAGCUGGGACAAGGCCUCAGGAGGGAGCUGGGACAAGGCCUCAGGAGGGAGCUGGGACAAGGCCUCAGGAGGAGGGAGCAGGGACAAGGCCUCAGGAGGAGGGAGCUGGGACAAGGCCUCAGGAGGAGGGAGCUGGGACAAGGCCUCAGGAGGGAGCUGGGACAAGGCCUCAGGAGGAGGGAGCUGGGACAAGGCCUCAGGAGGGAGCAUGGACAAGGCCUCAGGAGGGAGCUGGGACAAGGCCUCAGGAGGGAGCUGGGACAAGGUCUCAGGAGGGAGCUGGGACAAGGCCUCAGGAGGGAGCUGGGACAAGGCCUCAGGAGGGAGCUGGGACAAGGCCUCAGGAGGGAGCUGGGACAAGGCCUCAGGAGGGAGCUGGGACAAGGCCUCAGGAGGAGGGAGCUGGGACAAGGCCUCAGGAGGGAGCUGGGACAAGGCCUCAGGAGGGAGCUGGGACAAGGCCUCAGGAGGGAGCUGGGACAAGGCCUCAGGAUGGAGCUGGGACAAGGCCUCAGGAGGAGGGAGCUGGGACAAGGCCUCAGGAAGAGGGAGCUGGGACAAGGCCUCAGGAAGAGGGAGCUGGGACAAGGCCUCAGGAGGAGGGAGCUGGGACAAGGCCUCAGGAGGGAGCUGGGACAAGGCCUCAGGAGGGAGCUGGGACAAGGCCUCAGGAGGGAGCUGGGACAAGGCCUCAGGAGGAGGGAGCUGGGACAAGGCCUCAGGAGGGAGCUGGGACAAGGCCUCAGGGGGGAGCACCGGCUAA